UACCAACAGCCUCAAGUCAACUUCCUCCAUACCAUACACACCCACCCUGCGCUCACCGGCUAUGAGUAGGAGAAGUCGGCUGGCAGCAGCGGCCAGCAACAGCAUCAUGGCUUCACCUGGACUCCUAUCGCCCACGCGAAUCGCGGCAGAUGAUAGCAUGUCCAUGCUCAUGGAUACCUCGCUCCCCUUGCAGGCGGGUACGCGCACGCGUGCUCGUGUACGUGCCGACAAGGUGGCAUCGUCUUCGUCAUCGCAACUCUCGCCUCGCAAGGAUAUUGAUGCCCUCGACGAUCAGGAGCUCGAAGAGUUGGCCUGGAAGACGAUGAUGAAUGGAGGUGCAACAUGGGGGAAACAGGGAGGGUCGGAUAGCAACGAGACGCUUCAGCCCUCGAGCUCCUCUAUCACACCACCUCGCGCCGCACUACCAUUGCAAGUCGUUGCAUCCCCCAAUGUCGAGGUGCGCAGAAGAAAGACGCCCCGCAAAUCCCUACACUCAUCGAGCGAGUCUUUGUCAUCGGCAGCUCUCGAGGCGCGCCACGAUCUCAAAGAAAGUCGAGAGGAGAGGCGGCAGAGGCUUGGGCUGGUGGCUGCGCAAGAGGAGGAGCGGAAACAGGACCACGACCAGCAAGAGCAGACUCUCCAAGGUGGUCUCCCUCUCCAAGACUCUGUCCCUCUCGCGGCUCCCCCUUCCUCGCCAAGCAAGCGCACCCUCCCAUCCAUGCUCCCCUUUUCACCCUACCACAGGAAACAGCGCCCGCAGGUAGAGUCUACCCUCCCUUCUUCUUCUUUCUCCUCCUCGCCGUUUGGCGCUGAGCGGCGCCCUGCCGAACGACCCAGCGAGCUCGUCAAGCUCCUCGGCAAAGACAAGUCUUCCACGCCUGCGCGUCGUGAUGAGGAGACGCUGGCAACACCUCCGGCCAAGGUCUCGUGGCUGAAGAAGGGUGGCCGACUGCCGCCUCGUGGCUCGGAUGUGGAUGGGAAGGCGAGGCCGUUCCGAGCAGGGAAGAAUGAGAAGGUGGUUGUGCGGGCAGAGGGGCGUGGACAGGAAGACGGCCCAGAGAUGCUGAAAAAGGAAACGGAAGAGGCAGAGGAGAACACACCUCGCGCCGUCAAGCCAAAGGUCUCCUCUGCUCGGCGUGAGCGUACAUCAAGUCGAAGGCUUCAACCUGCCCCUGCGCCUGUCAAUAGCGUGCCUGCGCCUGUACAGUCACGCGACCACUCGCUCAGGAGUGAGGAGGAGGCACCACCAACGCCGGCGAUCCCACUGCCCACCCAAGACGAGACUGCUCACUCCAGCUCCAACAGCGAGACGCCUGCGCCUACGGUGUCCGUAUCGCUCGGGCGCUCCAACUCGCCCAGAGCUGCAACGCCGCCUAUGGAAGGGUCCUUUGCCACCGACCCUGUAUCAACGACCCCGCAAGAAGCUGCUGAGUCUCUCAUCAUAGAAGAGCCCACCGCGAGCGUCCCACCCAGCAAGAAGGGUCGCCGCGAGCACACCACCGUGGUGGCCGAUGACAAGAACGAGAAGGUCCAGAGCAAGAGCAAGAGCCGAUCGACCGCGGCAGUCUCUCGUCUCGCACCACUACCUGUAGUCGCAUCGAACUCAACAGCCUCGCAGCUCGCACCACCACCCCCAACGGUACCACCUCCAAGUGCUUCCAGCAGCAGCAGCGCGCCUCUCAGGCUCACCCGAGUCUCGCGAGCUCCCACGACCCUGCAACACGCAAGUGUUGACGUCCCUCUGGGUUUCCGCAAGACCUCAACAGGCAACCUCGUCCCCCUACCCCCUUCUGCCGAGCCCGCGGCAUACGUGCCUGCCUCGGAACACUUUGCCAAGCUCCUGGCGCAGGCAGAGGAAGAGGAGAAGCGGCUCAGGAGCAGGAGUGAGGCGGUCAAGGCGCAUGGCCUGCCAGGCUACUUGGCCAAGAGGAGGGAAGAGAUCGAAAAGGAGAGUGCGGAGAUGCUUAAGCGGGAGGUGGAGUUGAUGAGGGAAAAGGAGCUCCGUGGGCUCGCGGGGAGCGGAGGCGCUGCCAAGAAGCUCCUCCCCAAUGGCCUACUCGGCGCUCGCCCUCCACCUACCACCAAGGCAGCACCUACCAAAGUCCAGCCAUUCAUCUCCUCUCUCGAAACCCGUCAGCAGGAACGUCGCGCCUACGAGUCUAAGCGAGCAGCCCGCGAUGCUCUUCUGGAACAAGAGCGAGCCAAAGUCCGUGAGGAAAAGAGGCGCUUGGAACUUGAAGAAGUCAAGAGGGAGAGGGAGCGAAGGAUCCCAAAGGCGAAUCCUGUACCGGACUUUAUCUAUGGUGGUGGAACACUCAAGAUCGAGGCGCAGGGGAGGGGGGCGAAUGGAAGUGCAGCAGGUGCGAGAGCGGGUGGUAGUGGAGGCGGGAAGAGGAAGAGAUGAAGCCGGGGACAUCGCUAGUAGCGCCUAGAGUGAUGGAGAGGUAAAGCACGAGAGAAGCCAAGCGCAUGUUAGAGACCGGAGAGGCCCUACCGACGGAGCAGGGGCGAUUGCCUGAGAGCCGUGCAGUGGAGACGACCUCGACCCACUGAAUACCCCGCAUAUACCACGUCGAGCGCACAAACGCCACGAACCUUGCCUGCUGUGUUUUGUUCCCUCCACAUACCCAUCUAAGCCAUUGUCGCAUCUGAGCAAUACAUCUUAGACUUGUCGUCUUCG